CGCAUGCAUGCAGCUGGAUGUUGGAACAAUAAAGACGGUCUCAAUCUCAUCUGAACAUAUCCAGAGAGGCUAAAUCCAUCAUCAUACAGCGAAUGAGUGCGUUUGCUGAACUAAUGACCAACUUAUGCAAACGAGAGAAGCCGAACGCGCAAUGCGUGUGUGCGCCUUUGGAGAGAGCGCAUAGAUGAGAGCUAGAGGGCGGCGGCGCAUCGUUCCUCACCUCCGUUACCGCUCGACUCCUCCCGGGACCUUCCUCUUCUCUCCCUGUGGAGAACACACGUAGAACUCGGUCUGUUCGCGAAGCACCGUGCGACGGCGUCGGUCCUCCGUUCACCACCACAGCUGCUGGUGCGUCUCUGCUGAACAAACCCGAACAGGGAACGAAUAUUUCCGCGCUGAGGAGUUUCCAAACUCCAAAGUCAUGGGGGGAAACGGACGCUCUCACAGAUUUGGAUUGGGAUUAGUGCUACAGUCGCUCUUAUUGUGGAUUCGGCUCCAAAUUGUUGACGCACAAGGUGACGAUGACUUCCUGUUAGGGUUGGGCGAGUUGCCGGAGACUUUCCCUAGCGACCCUCCUGAGCCCCUCCCACAUUUCCUGUUGGAGCCGGAAGACGCUUACAUCAUCAAGAACAAAGCUGUCAAUCUUUACUGCACGGCCACGCCCGCCACACAGAUCUACUUCAAAUGCAAUGGCGAGUGGGUUCAUCAGCGAGAACAUACGAUAGAGGAGCGGGUGGAUGAAACGUCAGGUUUGGUGAUUCGGGAAGCGAGGAUUGAGAUCUCUCGACAGCAGGUGGAGGAGCUGUUUGGUUUGGAAGAUUACUGGUGCCAGUGUGUCGCCUGGAGCUCUGCAGGAACCACGAAGAGCCGCAAGGUGCAUGUCCGCAUCGCAUUUCUGAGGAAGACGUUUGAACAAGAGCCGUUGGGGAAGGAGGUGUCACUUGAACAGGAAGUGCUCCUGCAGUGCCGCCCACCUGAGGGCGUUCCACCUGCUGAGGUGGAAUGGCUGAAGAACGAAGAGAUUAUCGAUCCUGCAGAUGAUCGUAAUUUCUACAUCACCAUCGAUCACAACCUGAUCAUCAAACAAGCACGACUGUCCGACACCUCUAACUACACCUGUGUUGCUAAGAAUAUUGUUGCUAAGAGACGCAGUACAACGGCUACAGUGAUUGUCUACGUGAACGGAGGCUGGUCCACGUGGACGGAAUGGUCAGCGUGUAACAGCCGCUGUGGGCGGGGCCUUCAGAAAAGGACCCGUAGCUGUACCAAUCCUGCACCUUUAAACGGGGGAUCGCCGUGUGAAGGACAGGCCAUCCAAAAACUCGCCUGCACCACAAUCUGCACAGUUGACGGGGAGUGGGCCGACUGGAGCAAAUGGUCGGCAUGUAACACAGAGUGCACUCAGUGGAGGAAGAGAGAAUGUAAUGCCCCUGCACCGCAAAAUGGAGGAAAAGACUGUGACGGAAUUACACUACAGUCCCAGAACUGCACCGAUGGACUAUGCCUACAUACUGCGCCAGGUGGAGAUGAGGUGGCACUGUAUGUGGGCAUCGUCAUGGCGAUUGUCAUGUGUCUGGUCGUCUCUGCUAUCGUGGCCCUGUUGGUGUACCGCAAGACGCAUCAGCGCUUCCACUCUGACAUCAUCGACUCGUCGGUGCUCAACGGAGGAUUUCAGCCUGUUAACAUCAAACAGGCGCGCUCAGCGGACUUGCUGGCCGCAACUCCUGACAUGUCCACUGCGGCGGCGCUGUAUCGCGGUCCAGUGUACGCCCUUCAUGACAUCUCAGACAAAAUCGCCAUGACCAGCUCCCCUCUGCUGGAUCCCCUUCCUCUCCCCAACCUCAAAAUCAAAGUUUACAACUCCUCCGGUACGGUGACCCCUCAGGACGACAUGACAUCUGACCUUUCAGCCACCCUGUCCCCAAAAGUCACCCACUCUCUUUUGGACAGCGACCACAUGACUCUGCGCAACCAGAUGCUGGCACGUACACGAGACCCCACGUGCACCGCACUGGGGUCGUUUAACUCGCUGGGAGGACAUCUGAUUAUUCCCAACUCGGGCGUGAGUUUGUUGGUUCCAGCAGGGGCGAUUCCUCAGGGUCGUGUGUACGAAAUGUUUGUGACCAUACAGAGGACAGAGAGCAUGAGGCCAGUGGUCAGUGACGGGGAGGCUGUGCUCAGUGAAGUGGUCAGCUGUGGUCCUGCAAACGCUCUGUUGACACGUCCCGUCAUCCUCACUCUACACCACUGCACACACGCCCACUCUGACAACUGGCAAAUCGUUCUCAAGAACCACACGCAGCACGACCAAUGGGAGGAUGUUGUUUUGGUCGGAGAGGAGAGGUUCACAACUUCCUGCUAUGUUCAGCUGGAGGACGAGGCGUGUCAUAUCCUGACUGAAACUCUAGGAUCGUAUUGUCUGAUUGGCCAGAGCAUCUGUCCGUCAGCAGCUAAACGAAUCAAACUGGCUGUUUUUGGACCCGUCGUUACAUCAGGACUGGAUUACCACAUCAGAGUGUACUGCCUCGAUGACACUCAGGAUACUUUAAAGGAGGUUUUACAGAUAGAAAAACAGAUUGGUGGAAAAUUGCUGGAUGAACCAAAGACUAUGAACUUCAGUUCCAGCAACCACAACCUGAGACUCUCCAUACAUGACAUUCACACACAGUGGAAAAGCAAACAACUCACCAAAUACCAGGAGCUGUCGUUCUCUCAGAUGUGGAGUGGUUCUGUGAGGAGGUCGCACUGCUCAUUCACACUGGAGCGUCAGAGUGUGAGAGUGUAUGAGCUGUGCUGUAAGCUGUGUGUGAGACAGGUGGAGGGAGAAGGUCAGAUUUUCCAGCUCUACACCACCCUGACUGAGGACCUUCAGAGCAUUGACACAUCCCUGAUGGAUCCAGGCAGCAGUAUCACUGUGUUGACGGGUCCGAAUGCAUUCAGAAUACCGCUCAGCGUCAGAACAAAACUCUGCAGCAGUCUGGACGCACCACAUACACGCGGCAAUGACUGGAGAAUACUGGCACACAAACUCAACCUGGACAGGUAUCUGAACUACUUUGCGACUAAGACCAGUCCUACAGGUGUCAUUCUGGACCUCUGGGAAGCCAAACACUUUCCACAUGGGAACCUCAACCAACUCGCCACUGUUCUGGAGGAGAUGGGUCGUCAUGACAACAGCAUAGCUUCCUUGACGAAGGAACACUGAUCCUGUACGUUGAUGUCUAAGCAUAAAAACAUGGCCAGAUUGAGCUCAUUAAAGACUCGCCACUGUUACUGAACUGGAAAAACGAGCAAAUCGUCAACUGAACGAAGUCAAAAAGUCAGAGCUUUUGCCAUAUUGAGAGUCGACUGCCUUUUGCACCAUCUCAGUUUAGCAUCUUAUUUAGUUUCCAUGGAAACAUGCGAUACUGCUGUACAUGUACGUGAAUGCCGCUGAUUUGGGAUUGACUGCCGGGCUGGAUGUCUAGAGGGGUCAAAGGUGAACCAGGAACAGGGUCAAGACACAACAGACUUGUACUAGACAACCAAACCGCUCACUCAGACCCCCGUAUCACUCUUCAAAGUCCUAAAACCCUUCCAGUUUGCACGUGUAGGGACUGCCAUGUUAUCCUAAUGUGCGUUUGCACAUAAGUAACAGAAAUCUCCUUCCUGUCUCCCUUAGUGAUUGUUUUUACGGAAUUUUGUGGUGCCAUCUAGUGGUUGCUGAAACAAACGCUCAUGUAAUAUAUUUUGAGACAUGAAAAUAUAGUAUUUAGUGUGUGGACAGAGUACCUUAAAGUGGCCUUUAAAAAUCCAAUUAACAAUUUCAAUUGUAUUAUUUUUAUAACGCCGACAUAUGUAAGAUGGAAAUAAUUGUGUUUCUUUGUUGAACAAAAGUGCAUAUGUGUACUUGCCAGGGAUUAAAGAAUAAUAUUGGAAAUUGAUUUUUGAUUUUCUUGGAAUGCAUAGCGUUAAACGUGAAUUUUAUUAUUAUUAUUUUUUACUGGCUGAAAUGUUGCAUUGUUUAUCGCAUUUAACAAAUAAAAAGUUUAAUGUCAACAUUACACACACACAAUUAUUGUGGAAAUCAUAGUUUGUGCCGAAAUGUGAUAGAAUCUAUAAUUAUCGUUAUUAAUAUAAUACAUUAAUAUGAGGUCUACUACUUUGUCAUUUGAAAUAUGUUUUAUUAUAUCAGUGGGUUCUAACAUCAAGUUGCCACAGUUUUAUUGUCGGAACAAUAAUUGUAGCAACUGUUAUUUUUGGCAGAAGCUUUGAUUACCAUGUUUGAUUUUUGAAAGGGGUUUUUGUAUCUUACAGUGUGUCCGAUUCUGAUCAACGCGACAGGUAAUUUGUUUAACAGUUAUUUUAGUACUUUUGAGGAAGUAAUAUUUGGAAAUAAAAUGCCAUUAUUAUUGGAUUUACUACCCUCUGCAGCCUGUUACCAAAUUUUGUGAUUCUUUUAUAUUUUAACUAACACGUAAAAAAAAAAUAAACACGUUUACAGUCUUUAUAGUAUUGAUGAAAUGACUGUUUACAAACAAAUGCUCCGCCCGCCCCUUCCGGGUUCUUUUGGUAGCCCAGAAAAGAACUGGUGUCUAUGGGUGCUUCACUCAAAUUGUGCUGAAAUUGCCCCUUGUUUGUGGGGUUGGAACACCCCGUGUAACUACAAUCUCUUUAAAUUUCCACCAGAUUGUUGCAUCAGGAAAAACACAAGGGGCAUCUGUGGCUCAGGUGGUAGAGCGGGUUGGUCACUAAUCGCAAGGUUGGUGGUUCGAUGCCCGGCCCACAUGACUCCACAUGCCAAAGUUUCCUUGGGCAAGACACUGAACCCCAAGUUGCUCCCAAUGGCAGGCUAGCACCUUGCAUAGCAGCUCUGCCGACAUUGGUGUAUGAAUGUGUGUGAAUGUGUCACAGUGUAAAGCGCUUUGAAUACAGCUAAGGUUAAAAAGGCGCUAUAUAAGUGCAGACCGCAUACAUUUUACAUAAAUGAUGAAAAUUCACAGGUCACCGUCAUUGUUAUCGCGUCUGCACUAUUAGACCCAGUUGACUGGAUUGCACAAUUGCAACUGUUGUUCGAUAUUAACUUUUCACGAAGAAAUCACGUAACCUCUGAUAGUGCUGUCACUGUGACAGAUAUGAUGUCAAAUAUGAUCUAACAAUGAUCUUAUCUGAUCAAGAUCACCAGAUACGAUAGAACUGGAAGAACGGGACCCGUCUCCACCACCGCAGCACAUGGACUGUUUGUGAAAGGAUAAGUGAAUACAAAUAAUGUCAUACUGCUAAAAUGUCUUUGCAUUUAUUUUGAAUGCAGUAAAUAAUAUUGUUCAAGCGAUACGGCUGUGUGUACGUUUUGAUAUGGAAUACGAUCAUAUUGAAGAAUAUUGUUAUUUGUUGUUCGUGGGUUAAUAAUGUAAGAAGCUAAGACACAUAUUGCAUGUCUAAUGGUAGUUUUGCAUUUCUUAGCCAUUAGAAGUGUGGUAAACAUGUGAGGAUGUGUCUUCAUCAACCUGUUACAUGUCCAGCAUGAUCACCAUUGAAGUCUGCUGCUCGAAAGAACCCGGAAGCACGGUUUCCUGCGGUGUGAUGUCAGAGUAAUUUCAUCUAUAGUUUUUAGUUAAAAAUGUCAUUCAUUCCCUUGUUGAUUCUUAUACAGUACAACCAAAGGCGUAGAUUUGGCUUGAACAUUUGGCGAGGAUAUCUCCCCCCUGGAAUCUACGCCCCUGAGGUCCACUAAUUACAACGAAACUCUUUAACUACACAUUGAGCCCAUUUACAUGCACACCAAUACACUUAUAACUCCCAAAAAUCAGAUAUAAAAUAAAUAAAAUCAAAACAAGAAUUUAGUUUUUACAUGAGAUUUGAAAUAAUAAGAGAUAUUCUCUGCUGUUGACGUCAAACCGGGAAGGGGCAUGCAAGCACACAUUGGGUAAGCAUGGCGGUGAAUGUGUUUACAUGCAACGUGAAGUCAGUGUAAUGGCAAAAACCUACCCGUUUAUGACCUUACAAUAAUUGAAAGCCAUUUAAUGCAUUUACAUGAUCACAUGCAUAGUUUUGCUUUUUCCAUUAUUACAAAGGUUGCACUAAAUAUCAUGGAUAAAAUGUGGUUGAUGUAGGAAAACCGUGGCUGAUUGUCAUAAGGGAUGGACAAAGCUAUUUCGAGUGAAUGCAAACAACUGCCAAUGAAUGUGAAUCUUAUUGUGAUUGAAGGCAAAGCAACUUCGGGACAUAAAUACCCUCCCUGUCCUCUAAGGGGCCCUGUAGACAGAUGGUUAGAGGGGCUGAAAAAGUCACAGGGCUUGGUGAUGUCAGCUGAAAAAGAGCAGCGUAUCAGAGGGGGAGCGUGGUGUUAUAUUUUGAUACAAAUCAAACUUUGAUUUCUUUGGAUUAGAAUAACAUGCACAGAUGAAUCGUUAAUAGGAUCUACAGCAAGACCUUCAGUCUAACUCAAAAGACCAUUCCCAUAUUGUUCUCUAACUGUUAAUGACAGUCUGUGCAACCUCAUUGCAAAGUGACUGGAACCACAUUAAGACUUUCCGUAACAGUUUGUGCUUGGAUACUUAGAAUAAAGCAUCCACAAUAGGAGUUCUGUAAACAAACACUCGUCACACUAAAUGUGAAUGUUAGUGUGCUUGUAACGGUGCUCACAAUGUGAUGUGAAACAAGAGCUCAUUAUUUGUGGAUCUCUCUGUAUUAUCACUGCCUGUGCCACCUUUUGCACAAACGUGUAAAAACCUCUAACCAACUGCCAUUUCUGUACAAUUCACCACGUCUCCAAAGAGGAGAGGAUAAAAGCCAAAUGAAUGGGCAAAACAAAAAACAACAACAACAGAACCCCCUUUAUUUAAGUGUCAAGCAUAGCAAAGCAUUGAAUAAUUUAGUCUGGCGUAAAUGCUGUGCCAACUAUGCAAUGUUUGCUUCUGUAUAGAAUGAUGCUGGCAAAUGUGCUUUAUGUCGUGCGUGUACAGUAUAGAGCGGAUUAGAAUAAAGUAAGUUCAUUAAAAACACUCAAAGUAAAAUGCUUAUUUAAAAUAAG